CCUGGACCUGGACCUGAAGCUGGACCUGAAGCUGGACCUGGACCUGUACCUGAAGAUGGACCUGCAGAUGGACCUGGAUCCAGCUGUGUGUCCAUGAAGAGUGACGGGUCUAUGAGUUCCCCUCUUGACUUUAAAUCUGGACGUCCUGCAGAGGGAAGGAAGCAGCGGAAGAGACCUAGACCUGGACCUGAACCUGGACCAGAACCUGGACCAGAACCUGGACCUGCAGAUGGACCUGAAGAUGGACCUGGACCCAGCUGUGUGUCCAUGAAGAGUGGCUGGUCUAUGGAUCACCCUAUUGUCUUUAAAUCUGGACUUCCUGCAGAGAGAAGGAUCCAGAGACCUGGACCUGGACCUGGACCUGGAUCCAGCUGUGUGUCCAUGAAGAGUGACUUUUCUAUGCAGUCUCCUCUUUACUUUAAAGCUGGACAAAGUGCUGAUGAAAGAGUUCUGCAGGAGUUCUCCGAGGUUCCCGGUGAUCAGUCUGCCCCGAAGCAUCACACUGACCUGGACUCCAUAUUUAUGCUGUCUGGCCUCCGGCCGAGCCACUCCCUUCACUCCAGCAGCCGGCGCCCUAACCACACCCCUAACCACAUACUCCCCACCGCCCGACUCAGGCCGGGAUCCCGCCAGCCGCAAGCUGACUGA